AUGCUCCAGGAAUAAAAUUUAUCUGACUCUGAUUCAUAUCCUUAAAAGAAAAGAGGUAGAAGUACAAAUGAUCGUCAAAGUAAAAUUAAAUAGAUUAUAAUAAGUGACAAGUUAGGAGAAACUUGAGUCUUAAAAAUAAUAUUAGUUGUUUUAACUAUUCUAUGAAAGUUGCCAGAACAUUUCAAUAGACUUUUUAUAUCUUAAAGAAUAUUUUAAUGUUGGUUUAAAUGAUUGUCCCCAUGAUGUUGAAAUUUUAAAAAUUCAAAAGAAACUAAACAAUCGGCGUUUCUCCUCAAACCCAAAAAAAAGUUGGAGUUUUGAUGAAAAAAAAGUAUUAGUUUGGGUGAUUGGUAAGUAUUGUUCUUUGAAAUAAAAAAAUUGCAGAUUUUUAAAUAGUGACGAUUUUAAUGAAAUUGCGUAAUAUUUAUUUAGAAGGAAUGCUGAGAAUAUCAAAUAAAAAUGGACUUCUAUGCACAAAACAUCUUUAAUUGCAUAACCUUUCACUUAGGAAGAAGAUCAGUAAUUAUAAAUAUUAUUUGAAAAAUACAAAAAUGAUGAAAAUAGAUGGAAAAAAAUUGCUUAAGAAAUGAGCAAAGUGAAUUAAAUUUACAGAACAAGUAAAUAAUUAAGAGAAAGAUGGAUUAAUUAUUUAGAUCCAUCAUUAAUAAAAAUUAAGGAUCCUUGGACAGAUAGAGAAGAUUUAGAAUUGAUUUAUUAAAUUUAAUAAAAAGGUAAGAAAUGGACAGAAAUAGCAAAAUAAUUAAAAAGAAAUGAAAAUUAAGUGAAGAAUCGAUUUAAUGGAUUAUUAAAAAGAGAUGAAGUAGAUGAUGAUUUAAAUAAAUUAAUUGAUAAAAUAUUAUGGAGAAUUAGUAAAUAUCCAAUAGAUGAAUUGAAAAAUUAACAUGAAAAAUAACAUUUUCAUAAUAAUCAUCUUUAAAGUUUAUUAUUAGCAGUAGGAAAUAUUGAAUCAAUUACUAGAGAAGAGUCUUAUGAAUUGACACCUUGUAUGGUUAAUCUUAAAACUAAUUAAAUAUAUUUUACUCCUAAUUAUAUGUUAUAAGAAAUUCUAUUAUAUUAGUAAUAGGAUAUGGGAGAUGGAUUUGAAAAAAUCAAAAGAGAAAUAGAGAAAUUUGAACCAUCUUAAUUUAGAGUAGCCUCAUUAUCUAUUAUUAGUGAAGAGUAUCAACAACAACCAUAACUUUAACAUAAUCAUCAACAUUUUAUACACUCAUUUUCUGAAAUGCCAAAUUUUGAAUCCUCUAAUUAGCCUGCAUCUAUUGAAAUUAAAACAUACAUUAAUCCAUUUUAUUCCUUAAAGAAUUUAUAAUAAAAGUACAUUAGGUAUCGGACUGAUUUAUCACUACCAAAGGUAAUGAAUUCUAUACCUUGGAAAUCAUAACCCUAAUUAUUAUUUUGUUGA